CCCUCACUUUCCAUACGCUUUGCUUCGCUUUACUCCUCACUCCUCCGCCUUCCGUCACCCUCUCGGAGCUCUCCGCCCUCCCCGCACAAUUUCACCCCCAUUCCGAUGUCUUUUGGUUCCUUCAAGAUACAUCUGUCUUUCUUCUGGGGUGAUUUCUUUUUCAUGAAUCGGGGAAGGUUGUGGUGUGCUGGGAAGAUCCUGUUUCGACAUUGGACUUGACAAUUGCGAUCUUUGCAACAAGGUGAGGGGAGUUUGGGUCUUGUGCUCUUUUCCUAGUUUACUCUGUCUAUUGUUUGUUUUUUGGUCAACCUUUAAGUCUCCAGCUGUGAUUAGUAUUGCUCAAUACUGAUCGGGGAAAUUCUUUUAGUUGAUUUAGCUAAUUAGCUGUAGGUCUUUAGUCAUAAGUUUACAUGGGGAGGACAUUCCUUCCUCCUGGAUUCCGCUUUCAUCCAACUGAUGUUGAAAUUAUAGUGUACUAUCUCAAGAGGAAGAUCAUGGGAAAGAAACUUCAUUUUUUUGAAGCUAUAUCAGAGAUCAACAUUUACAGGUUCUCCCCGUGGGAUCUUCCAGAUAAAUCAUCUUUGAAAAGUAAAGAUCUUGAGUGGUAUUUCUUCUGUCCGAGGGAGAGGAAGUAUAAUAGUGGUGGUAGAAUGAAUCGAGCAACUGAAACUGGGUACUGGAAAACUACUGGAAGGGAUAGACCUGUAGUUUACAAUGAGCGGACGGUUGGAAUGGUUAAAACCUUGGUUUUCCAUGAAGGCCAUGCACCAAAGGGGAAAAGAACUGAUUGGGUUAUACAUGAAUAUAGAAUUGAGGACGAAGAAACUCUUCAGGAUUCAUAUGUGUUAUGUAAAGUAUUCAAGAAGAGUGGACCAGGCCCAAAAAAUGGUGCACAAUAUGGUGCACCAUUCAAUGAGGAAGACUGGGAAGAUUGUGAAAAUUGUGAUAUUCCAUUUGCCAUUCCUAUGCAUCCUAGUAACCAAAAUUGCUCGUCUGUGACCGGCAUGAUUGACCCAGAGUGUUCAUCUCGUCAGCCUUCAUCUGAACCAGGUUCAUCUGCCAUUCCACCUGCCAAACUGCCGGAUCCUAUUAACCAAAACUGCACGUAUGUGGCUGACAUGAUUGACCCAGGAUGUUCAUCUCGUCAGCCUUCAAAUGAACCAGGUCCAUCUUUAUCCAGGCUUCAUGCAGAUGAGGUGCGGCCAAAUAACCAAAACUGCUCAGUUUUUACGGGUACUAUUGACCCAGGGAACACUUGCAGUCGGUCUUUGGCCAAUCCAGGUCCAUCUUUAGCUGUGCCUCAUUCUAGUGAGGUGCCACCAGAUGAUGAUGAUAUCAGUCAGUUCUUUGCCUCAUUUCUGGAAGAUACUGACUUACUCCCAAUUGAGAAUAAUGAGAAUGUUAACUGUUGCAAUCAAGGUUUGAACGUGGACAUGAUGCCGUGCAUGGAUGGAAAUGAUGUAUACACUGCGUUUGGUGGCCGUGAUAACUUUGCAGACCUGAGUGGAGGCAGAUCUUAUCCCUCUGGAAGUCUGGUUGGUGACCACCCUCCUAAUUUGCUAUUCCCACAAGAUGAUGCUCCCUUUUUGGAGCUCAAUGAUCUUGUAAUACCAGUAGAUCACUGUACUCGAACCAGUGAAGCUGACCCAUUAGUGGAAGAGAACUUAUAUUCAUCGAAUGCCUCUUUCCUUAGAAUGGAGCAUUUCAAUUAUGGAGGCAAUUUUUCUGGGGGUAAUCAGUUCAUUCCAACUCAAAGCCAACUCCAAGUGCUUCCUCAACAUUAUACCCAACAAGUAACUGGUAUCGGCUUUAAUGCAAGUCAGGGAUACAAUACCAUGCCGGUAACUGGUAUGGAGUUUAAUGCAAGUCAGGGAUACAAUGCCAUGCAGGUAUCUGGUAUCGAGUUUAAUGCAAGUCAGGGAUACAAUGCCAUGCAGGUAUCUGGUAUCGAGUUUAAUGCAAGUCAGGGAUUCGAUUAUGGUUUUGAUACCAUGAUGCAUGAACACGGGAUGAUCACAUCACCUGCUGCUGAUCGAGACCAGCAUAGAGGUUGAAGAAUUGCCUACAGUUCUAGCUGUGGAACUAAACAAUUGCCAAAUUUAUUGGUCUACACUCUGCUGUUGUAGACUAGUAUGAUUUUCUAAGUUUGGGAAAUAAAACUUUUUAUUCUAUGGACAUGGUGUAUCCCUUUUAAUUUUUGUUGCACUGGAUUGUUGGAUUUUAACAAUAAAUUUUUUUUGAAUGCUCUUUUAUACAGUGUUCUCA